UAGCCGGCGACGCGGCUCCACGCGAGCGCGGCCCGGCCCGGCGAGCGGCCAGCCUGCGCAUUCCCCCCCGCCGCGCGGAGCAGCAUGGACGAGAGCAAACCCCUGAAGAUCCGGCUGACUUUCUCCGUCAUCCUGGUUGGCGUCUCGCUCCUCUUCGCUGCCGUCGUGACGGACCACUGGGCCGUGCUGAGCCCCGAGGUGAAGAGUUACAAUGCCACCUGCGAAGCGGCUCACUUCGGGCUGUGGCGGCUCUGCACGAAACGGAUCUUCGUGCAGGAGCAGGGCGCCAAGGUGAAGGGCUGCGGGCCGAUAAGCCUGCCGGGAGAAAGCAACUGUUCCUACUUUAAGCACUUCACUCCCGGAGAGAGCUCAGAGAUAUUUGAAGUAACCACCCAGAAAGAAUACAGCAUUUCAGCUGCAGCCAUUGCCAUCUUCAGUGUUGGCUUUGCAAUCAUCGGAACAAUCUGUGUCCUCUUCUCCUUUGGGAAAAAGAGGGACUAUCUGCUGAAGCCAGCUUCCAUGUUCUACACCUUUGCAGGUCUCUGCAUCAUCAUCUCUGUUGAAGUCAUGAGACAAUCUGUGAAAAGGAUGAUUGACAGUAAGGAGACAGUCUGGAUUGAGUACAGUUACUCUUGGUCUUUUGCCUGUGCUUGUGCCUCCUUCGCCCUGCUCUUCAUCUGUGGAAUUAUUCUCCUUCUGAUUGCCUUGCCUCGCUUCCCCCAGAAUCCUUGGGAGACCUGUAUGGAUGCAGAACCAGAGCACUAAUGUUCCCAUCACCCACCCUUGCUUAAAAAGCCGGAAAGUGUUUGGAAAAAAUAUAUAUUUUUAAAAAUGUCUGGAUACCACUAUAUCAUGUUUACUGCCACUCCAUUAACUAAGUCAUUACUGAACCAAGAGAUGUUCAAUUACAAUUAUUAUUUUCUUUCAGUUUUCUAAGAAAGGAGAAAAAGCAUUAAGAACAACAGCAUGGGUCAUCAGUAAAUGUCACUCUGCUCUACUGCACUUUGUACUUUCACCCUGCUGGAAGCUGAGGGAGGUGAUUUGCAGUUUGGAGAUGCAUUGAGCUGAUGCAGUCAAGGAAAAACGCAUGUGUGAGUGAGCGCAAGCCACAUAAAGGACAUCAUUUUUAGGCGGAAAAUAUACAAUCUAGCUGGGCUAACAGGUAUCAGGCUUUAUUCCUGACUUGGUCAGAGAGAAUCGGUGAAAAACACUAGCUCCUCAGUGAGUCCAUUUCCCUAUUUGUACCACACUCCUGUACCUCCCAGAGAAGUUUCAGUUCAUCAGUCGUGAAUUAGUUGGAGAUCCUUACACUAUUCUAUUGUUCGCAGUGUUAAAAUAAAACCAGACUUCCACUAGCAUAGGGAAAAAAAAAAUAGCCUACAAAUUUACACUGUGCACUUCUAUUCUUCUGAAUUAAGCACAAAAGAAAACCCCAAAAUCAUGAUUUCUGUUCUACUUAAACUUUGAUGGCAAAGCCAAGAAGUACUGAACAUAAAUGAUAUUUUCUUUUAAUAAAAAGCAUAAU